UCUGGCAUUUGGAUCUGUCGGCUUCAACACUGAUAUGGCUGCUGCCGGUCGUGUCCGACCUGAAGAUCAGUUCCUGUGUUCCAUCUGUCUGGAUGUCUUCACUGAUCCAGUCUCAAUACCAUGUGGACACAACUUCUGCAAAUCCUGCAUCUCUGAACACUGGGAUAAUAAUGAAAUCUACCAGUGUCCCAUGUGUAAAAAAGCUUUUUACCCAAAACCUGAGUUGUACGUCAACACGUUCAUCUCAGAGAUGGUGGCUCAGUUCAGACUUGAAGCUCAACAUGAACCAAACAUCUACAGCUCAGACCAACAAGCUGCCAAACCAGGACAAGUUCCCUGUGACGUCUGCUCUGGAACCAAACUGAAGGCCCUGAAGUCCUGCCUGGUGUGUCUGACCUCCUACUGUCGGACUCAUCUGGAACCUCAUCUGACAGUUUCAGGACUGAAAAGACAUCGGCUGAUCCACCCUGUGGAGAACCUGGAAGACAGGAUGUGUAGGAAACACGACAAACCUCUGGAGCUGUUCUGUAAAACCGACCACACAUGUAUCUGUCUGCUCUGUCCUGUUGAAGACCACAAGAACCAUGAGUUUGUUCGUCUGAAAGAAGAACAUAAAAAACAGAAGGCAGAACUGAAGAAGACAAAGGCUGAAUUCCAGCAGAUGAUACAGGAGAGACGACUGAAGAUCCGGGAGAUUCAACAUUUAGUGGAGCUCAGUAAGAACGCUGCAGACAGAGAGACAGCAGAAGGUGUUGAGGUCUACACUGGUCUGAUGGAUUCUGUUCAGAAAAGUCUGGACCAGCUCUUAGAGGAGAUCCAAGAAAAGCAGAGAACCACCGAGAAACAGGCUGAAGACUUCAUCAAAGAGCUGGAACAGGAAAUCUGUGAGCUGGAGAAGAGAAGCACUGAGGUGGAGCAGCUCUCAGGCUCUGAAGACCACCUCCACUUUGUCCAGAGGUUCACAUGUGUCAAAGCUGCUCCAUCCAUGAAGACCUGGACCAAGGUCAACGUCUGUCCACCAUCAUAUGAGGGGACUGUGGAGAGAGCUGUGUCUGAGCUGGAGAAGAAACUCACAGAAGACAUGAAGAAGGUGUUUGAAGCUGACCUGAAGAGAGUCCAACGGUAUGAGGUGGGUGUGACUCUGGAUCCAAAUACUGCACAUCCGAAACUUGUCCUGUCUGAAGAUCGGAAACAGGUUCAUCAUGGUGAUAAAUGGAAGAAACUUCCAGACAAACCACAGAGAUUCUCCAUUUAUUGCAAUGUUUUGGGAAAGCAGAGUUUCUCUUCAGGCAGGUUUUACUUUGAGGUUCAGGUCAAAGGGAAGACUGACUGGACUGUAGGAGUGGCCAGAGAGUCCAUCAACAGGAAAGAAAAAGUCCCACUGAGUCCCCAGGACGGAUACUGGACCAUCGGUUUAAGAAAUGGAAAUGAGUUCAGAGCUUUUGCUGGUCCCGGUGUCCUUCUGUCUCUGAAGUCUGUUCCUCAGAAGGUGGGGGUGUUUGUGGAUCAUAAGGAGGGUCUGGUCUCCUUUUAUGACGUAGAUUCUUCAGUUCUCAUCUACUCCUUCAUUGGCUGCAGUGGUAAACUCCUCCCAUUCUUCUGUCCAUGUCCUAAUAAUGGAGGUCUAAACUCUGCUUCUCUGAUCAUCACUCCUGUCAGACGCUGAAGAACUAACUCAUCAAAAACAAGAAAAGCACUCGGAGAGCGCGGACCUCCACCAGGGCAGAUCAGUGACCCCCCCCCCCCCCCCCCAUCACCACUCAAAUUUAAUCAAUUUAAUCAUUUGUGUCUUGUGCCAGUGUCAACAUUUCCCAAAAAAUUUCAUCAAAAUCCGUCCAUAACUUUGUUAUCUUGCGAAGAGACAAACAACGAUGAAAACAGAACCUCCCUGGUGGAGGCAAUAAUAAAGAUUUUCUGUGAUUUACUGGAGUCACUAAAAAUGAUGUUGUAAACUGUUUGAACAUGUAUUUAUCUGUGUCCAAAUGCACUGAAAUACUAACAU